AUGGGCGAUCGAGGCGUUGAGGCGGCAAUGGGAGUCGGCGAUCGAGGCAUUGAGGUGGACACGGCCGGCGGCGAUCGAGUCGUUGAGACAGCGACGACGUUCAGCGAUCAAGGAAAGGCUCCGAUUCCACCAGAGUGGCGAAACGGUGAUUGGAUCGACGAUAUGCUUAGUUCAGAUCGAGUGAUGAGUUAUGUCGUUAAUGAUUCCGGCUUGAUGAAUGCGGAAUGUAGUGGUAGAAAAUCUAUCGAACAAUCUUACUGUGCCAGCAAAUCAGCGCAAGGUCACAGUUCUGUUAUAGAUCAGCUGGAAUCAGAUAAAAAUAUCAAUGAGUUGGGGGAUGAUGUGAUGCUGGAUGAUGCUUUGUGCAUGGAAGUUACAUCUGCUCUGAAGGAAUGUGGAGAAGAUAAUAGCGACAAUGAAUUGGGAGUUAAUAAUGUGAUGGUGGAGGAGGAUGCCUUGCACAAGGAAAUUUCAUCUGUGACGAAGAAUAAUGAUUUGGCUGUUUUUACUUUAGUUGGCAAGACUGCAAGAAGAUACAAGAGAUCCGGUGGAAAUGGUGAUGUGUGCCAUGAGAGGAUUAAUUUUCGGUGUGGGUGUCCAGCUUAUAUCCAUUUUACUGUUGACAAAGAUGGCUUGUGGACUUGUACAAAGCAUCUGGUUGAUCACAAUCAUGAUCUUGUGCCGAAUGAAAUGAUUGGACUUCUUCGAUCUCAACGUGAAGUAGAUGAAAAUGACAUGAAGAUAAUCAGAGACAUGGCAAGGAGUGGCAUCCCUUUGGUUGAUGCAUAUAAGUUUGUGGCAAAAUUACACGGGGGAAGUCCGAACAUGAAGUAUACUUUGAGAGAUGCCUACAAUUAUGAGCGUCCUGGUGUUGGAUUUGAAGGUGGCGAUUAUUAUUGGAUGAGUAUGAUUGUCAUGAUGACAAAUGGCUCAAUGAAGAGCGAGUCAACAGAUAAUGCAAUUUGUCGUAAAAUGAAGGCCACAUCAUCGCUUUGUGAUUUCCAUGGAAUUUUCUCUGAUGUUGUACACUGUUGGCGGGUAGCUGUGAGGGGUGAAGAUCUACGUUGUAGCCAGGGAAACAUCGAUUCAUAUCUUCCUGGUGACCCUUUCCUGGAGAGCAUUCGCAGAGUGUACACAGUUGAAGCAUUCCGGGAGGUUCAGCAGUUGCACAAAGAUCGGAUGUUGUGCAGGCAGGAGCAGGUAGAGGUCUCAAAUGAUGGCAAUAUUGUGACGUACAAUGUUAGGCGGUUUGGGAUAGAGCACUUUAAGCAUGUGGUUGUACAUUACACUAGGUUACAAAGAUUGUCAUGCACGUGCAGGUCAAGCAUAGCUAAUGAGGGAGAUGGAAAAGCUGCUGGGCGAUUGCUGUGGAAGGCACUAAUUAUGAGACGAUUUUCAGACUUGGUGUAUGCAAGUGAAUAUAACAAAGAUGCAAAGAAAUGUUGUGACGAGGCGGUUGACAGGCUUAAAGAAGAACUCGGCAGUUUCAUUGGUUCAAAUAAUAAUGAUGAGUCUGUAGACAAUGAUGGUGUUAUAAAGAAUCCAGCUGUAAAGAGGAAGAAGUUUGGUCCCAGGAACGAACGUCCUAAAAGCAUUGUUGAGAAGGCAUGUAACAAAGUCAGAGGCAGGAAAACAAAUGCAAGAAUUGCUGCUGACCGAACAAGAGCUUCAGUUGCAUCAGACCUGCAUUAUCAAAGCAUGCCAUUUCCAUAUCCAAAGGGAGCUGCUCAAGAUUAUUCAGGCUCAGGAAGUUUUGCUGUGAAUGCUUCCCAUCAAAGCAUGCCAUCUUUGAACGUAAAUUCUGGUGGAUUCUCAUUUGCUAAUCCAAGUGUAGCUGCCCAGGAUUUUUCAUGGGCAGGGGCUUCCACUUCUGUGAAUGCUUCUGAUCAAAGCAUGCCAUUCAUCAACCAAAAUUCAGGUGGAUUCUCAUUUCCAAUUCCCAAGGGAGCGGGCCAGGAGUUUCAAGGCCCAAGCACUUUCGCUGCUGUGAAUCCUUCUCAUCAAAACAUGACAUUCAUGAAUCAAAACUUUGGUGGGUUCUCAUUUCCUAACCGAAGGGAAGCUGCCAGGGAGGCUGGAGCGCAGCGUUUCUUCAACAAGAUGUUUUAUUAG